AUGCCAUUGCUCCAACUAAGUCGCUACACAAGUUCCCUGCUGACCCUGGCUGGCCAUGUGACGGCUGUGGACUUCAUGGAAAGCUUUGUGGAGAGGAACAGGCAGGACAAUGGUCACCAUAGUAACGCUACCUUCCUGCAAGCUGACGUCACAAAGCUGGAUAUGCCCAAAAACAGCGUUGACUUCAUCUUCUCCAACUGGCUGCUGAUGUACCUGACUGACGGGGAGCUUCAGUCCUUCACAGAGAAGAUGAUGGGCUGGCUGCGGCCUGGUGGCUUUCUCUUCUUCAGAGAAUCCUGCAACCACCGGUCAGGUGACUUCAAGAGGAACUUAAACCCCACCUGCUACCGCACUGAAGCACAAUACAACCACCUCAUGACAUCGAUGGAAGUGGGUGUCCAAGAGGGCGGCCAAAAGUUUGGUUUCGACAUUGUGUUGAAAAAGAAAGUUCAGACCUAUGUUCAGAUGAAAAACAAUCAAAAUCAGAUCUGCUGGCUUCUGGAGAAGGUUCCCCGCUCCCCAGGCACCCAGAACGGAUUCAACAGCUUCCAGCAGUUCCUGGACAACCAGCAGUACUCCAACCGCAGCAUCCUGCGCUACGAAAAGAUGUUCGGGGCGGGAUACGUCAGCACAGGCGGGCCCAGCACCACCAAGGAGUUUGUGGACCUGCUGAACCUGAAGCCCGGACAGAAGGUUCUAGAUGUUGGCUGCGGCAUUGGUGGAGGAGACUUCUAUAUGGCUAAGAACUUUGGAGUGGAAGUGCUUGGCUUGGACCUUUCAGACAACAUGGUGGACACCGCCAUGGAGAGGGCCAUCACUGAGAAGCUGCCUUCAGUCCAGUUUGAGGUGGCUGAUGCCACCAAGAGGUCGUUCCCAGAUGCUUCCUUUGAUGUGAUCUACAGCAGGGACACAAUCCUGCACAUAGAGGACAAACUGGCCCUCUUCAAACGCUUCCAUUCAUGGUUAAAGCCGGGUGGAAAGUUGCUAAUCAGCGAUUACUGCUGUGGGGAGAAGUCCUGGACCCCAGCGUUCCAGGCCUACGUGAAACAGAGAGGCUAUGUCCUACACACACCUUCACAGUAUGGCCAGUUCAUCCAGGAAGCUGGUUUCUGCAACGUUCGCUCUGAAGACCGAACAGCCCAGUUCAUACAGGUGAUAAAGACAGAGCUGCAGAGAGCAGAGCUCAUCAGAGAUGAAUUCAUACAGGAAUUUUCUGAAGAGGACUAUUUGGCAAUAGUAAAAGGAUGGAGAGAAAAACUAGAGCGUUCCAACAGCGGAGACCAACGAUGGGGACUCUUUUAUGCAACAAAGGAUUGAGUGAUGGCGCUAAGAAAUUGAAAGAUAAUAAAAGGAAAAAAGAGGAAUGUUUCUUUCCUUAAUUA